AUGUACUCCCUGUGGAAAGAGGUAAGUGACCAAAUAAAAAAAAAAGCGGAAAAUUUAAAUACGACAUUUCAAGAAUUAGGUACAAACAAUAUUACUAAGUCGAGUUGUAAUAAUGAAGAAUAUAAUAGCGAUGGUAAAAUAAGUGAAAACAAUGAAGACAAAAGUUAUAAAGAUAGCUUACAGGAUAAAAUAAAUAUCAUAAAUAAUAAAUAUAUAAAUAAUAAAGACUUUUCGGAGUUACACUAUUACAAUGAAAAGUUUAUGAGCGGCUUUAACAAUAUAAAAAAAAUUGUAGGGGAUAUAUAUAAAGAUAAGCUGAAUAACACAAGUGGGGAUAGCAAUAACAGCGGUAAUAACAGAGGCAAUAGCAGCGGUAAUAACAGAGAAAAUAACAGAGGAAAUAACAGAGGCAAUAAUAGUGGAAAUAACAGAGGCAAUAAUAGUGGAAAUAACAGUGGCAAUAACAGAGAAAAUAACAGAGGAAAUAACAGAGGUAAUAACAGAGAAAAUGGUGGCACCAGUGGCAGCACUUAUGGAAGCAGCAAAAUUAAUAGCAGCACCAAUAGUAAUAAGAAUAGCAGCGGGAACAACUGUGGUAACCUUGGAAACGAUGCGGACGACAGAUCAGCAAGUAAUAAAAAAUUUUAUCUCUCUAAAAUUGUUCCAUGGAAAAAAGCAGAUAUUAUGAUUUCGAAAAUUUACAGGAAGAAAUACGACCAAGGAUUUCCAUUAAAUUUACCUGAUCAAAAUUUGAAAAAAGAGGUGUAUCAAAAAAUAUUAAAAUUAAAUUUAGAUAGAAAUAGAAUAUAUAAUACCAAUAUUUUACAGGAUUAUAAUUUUAACUGGUUAAAGAAAAAAGAACAAAGUGAACAAAUCAUGAAAGAAGAUAAUAAUUUAUUAAGCACCAAAAAUUUUUUAGUUCCUUUUUAUAUGCAUGAAACUGAUUUUUGGAAGUCGUACUUUUUUAACAUUGAUAUUAUAUAUAACGAAAUUGCCGAUGCCAUUUACGAAAAGCAUGUGAGCAGACAAAUGAGCAAACAGUCAAACGAACAGAUAAACAUGCUAAGUGGUAGCUCUAAUUCGGCCUUUCCCUUGGAUAUCAGCGGAUUCAACAGUCAGAGAAACUUUCACAGGGAUGAACACAAUAACAUUCGAAGAAGCAGUCGAAACAGUCGACGAAGCAGUAGACGAAGCAGUAGACGAAGCAGUAGACGAAGCAGUCGACGAAGCAGUCGACGAAGCAGUCGACAUAGUGAUCUCCGCGUCAGUCCCAAUGAUGGUAAUGCUCAAAUCAAUAUAGACCAAGCUUGCAUCCCAAAGAACGAGAAAUCCUCUGAACGUAGUAACCAAUGUAGUAACCAAAGCUGUAAAGGAACAAACAGAGUAAGCACCGGUGGGAGGUUAGAAAAGGAAAACAAUGCAGUAAACUCACUUGAUGAGAAGAGUUAUGCUACUAAAAGAGAUCAUGAUAUACACCUGGAUACUAUAGACAAUUGUGCUAAUUUAAAAAGUGUAAAUAACAUAAAUAGCUAUACGAAUUCAAAUAGUUUGUUUGAGUUAAAUCAUUCUAUAAGUAAAAAGAAUAAAGAAAAGGUGAUACUUAACAAAGAAGGAGAUACAUAUUCAAGGACUACGUUACGUGGUAAUCCUCAUAAUAAUAUAAUUGGUUUAUCUAAGAAAGAUAACAGUACAGAUGAAUACGUAUCAAUGUCGUCAUUUGAUGGAAAAGGUUCCAUAAAGAAGACCAAAAUAAAUGGGUUAAACUUCUAUAUGGACAGAGAUGUUUACAUGCACUUAAGCGAAAAGAUGAGCAGCCUGAACAACUUUUUGGCUCAUCAAACGCAUACUCGUAAAAGUUGUAAUAAUGGUAGUGAUAUCACCCGAUGGUGUAAUAACAGCAAUGGUAGCAAAAAAGAAGACACUGGCGUAUCCUCUGAUAAAUUUCACUGUGAUAGCAUUUCGUUUGAAGAACAAAAUAGUGAUAUGCCCGAGCAAAAUGUAAAACUAAAUGAUGCACCAAAUUUAAGUGCUCCAAUAAAGGAGAUGCUCAUUAAUGAGGGUACUCCUCUACAGAAGGAAAAAAAUGACAAAAACGAGAAAAAUGAUAAAAAUGAUAAAAAUGAUAAAAACAAUAAAAUACCAUCAGAGCCUAAUUCAGAACAGAAUUUAAAAUUAUUGAAUGAAUCACAUGAAGUAAGUGAAAGGAUUUGCGGAAUGGAUGUUCAGAGUAACAUAGACCAGCAUUCCUGCUUUUACCAGGGAAUAUGUAAUUUAACAGUAGAUGAACUGUUCCAUAGUAAUUCUAAUAUAAGAGUAAAUAACUCAGGUAGAAAUGAGAACAAGCAGCAGCAAAGAUUCGCUACGGAAGAGAACGAACAUGUUAUAAAUAGGAAAGGAAUAGAAGCAGAACGUGUAGAAGUAGAACACGUAGAAGAAGAACACGUAGGAGCAGAACGUGUAGAAGUAGAACACGUAGAAGUAGAACACGUAGAAGCAGAACACGUAGAAGUAGAACACGUAGGAGCAGUGUCAAUACAUGAUAACUUGCCAUGGGAAGGUAUGGUACAUAUUGGUACGGCAAUCGAGGAAGGUUCAUGCAGAAAAGUAAAGGCGUAUUCCUCGCACGAGAUAGAAACAAAACGAAACGAACUUGACAAGUGUAGUUUAACAACAAAAAAUAUAUUAUCAGGAGGAAUAAAGACGGAUGAAAUUUUGUUUUACCCCAAUGAACUUGAUAAUGUCGUUUCUACUGACAUGAAAAAUAGAGAAAAGCUUGUUCCUAUGGUUGAUAAUCUUAAAAAAAAAAAUGAAUCAUUAAUUUUUGAGUUAAAGGAAAAUAAUAGUGAACCAUUGCAUUCAUUUCGUAAUAACAUUGAUGUGAGUAGCAUCGUGAAUGGUAAAAAUAAUGAAAUGGAUAGCAAUAAAUAUAAGCGGCAUGUAGAUUCUAUAUUUCCCUCUACAAAGGAGGCAAACUUUUUAGGCGUCCAUGAGAAUUACAUAAAUAGGGGAAAUAAUUCUGGUUCAAACUACGGUAGCAACAAUAUGCUUAGCUUUAGUUUCAAUAUUAAUUCUAAUGGUUCUACAAAUGAAAUAGCUAAUGAAUGGGAAGGUGAGAAUACAUUUGUUCAUAAUAACCAGCACGGUACAAGUAUAUUGGAGCUGUCCAAGGAAAGGAACAAAAUGAAAGAGGAAAGAGUAGUGGAAGGAGAGGAAGACGAGACGGUGAGUGUAAAGGAGUAUUCCCUGCCCGUUGAGCAUAUUAAUAAAAUAAGCUGCAAACGAAAUAACGAAUAUUAUGAACACGGGAAAAAUGUAGAGAUAAAGAACAAGAUGAAUGUUGAGGGUAACUUGGUGGAUGUGUGUUCGAAUAAAAUAAAAAAUGAUACAUAUGACUUGUUUAAAUCAGAUGAUAUAAACAUAGACGAUAUAAAUUUUGCUGACGAUAUGGAAUUUGAUAUAGACUCGAAUAAAUUUGACGCUGCGGAAUUAGAGCAGUUUGAAAAGGACUUGUUAAAUGCUUCAAUUAUUUGA